CGACAAGCCCACAACACUACCGCGUUCGGCGCUCGCCUUCCUUCCAGUACCCAGGCAUACGCAUUCUCGUCAAGAUCAAUAUGCCGGGCCCUACGACUACUCUCCUGAUCGAGGGUACCUUCGAGGAGCUUACCGACGAGCUCGCACAAUACCUCGAUACGCUCAAAAAAUCCCAGGGCGACGAGAGCUCCAGCAUCCAGGAGGAAUGCACGGAGCUUAUGAAGGAAAACAAGAAGGAUGAAGUGUUGAAGAAGCUGGUCAUGGGCAGCGCCGCCCUGAACCAGGCGCCGGAGAAGGAAUUCAUAGCAGCAUACAAUCUCCUCAUUCACCUUGUGCGGCAGUCGCCAAACGUUGGCAUGUUUCUCCCCAGAAUAUGUAACCACCUUACCGCUCCCAUCACGUCUUCACCAGCCAAUGGCGGCGGCCUCGCCCUCUCGAUCCUUAGCACUGUCUUCAACACGCUACCCGCCUCAAAUGAUAUGCGAUACCACGUCCUCCUCACCAUUGUUCGCGUGAUUCGAACGACGUCAAAUUUCGAGACAUUGCGCCCACAACUGAAGGAGAUCGACCAGUGGCUGGAGACAUGGGAGAUGGACGAGGAGGAGAGUCGUAAACUGUACAUGGCCGUCAGCGACGCAGCAGCCGACGCCGGCGAAGACGAGCAAGCAUACAUCUACCUCCUCCGCGCGAUUCGAACCUUCCCCUCCGACGAAGUCUCGUCGCUAGAAGCCCGCGAUCUCUCUCUCCGCGCCCUGAAGUCAGCCCUCAUCCACCCCAACCACUUCGACUUCCAGGACCUCACCGACCUCGACUCGAUCCAAGCCCUCCGCAACUCAGAGCCCAUCUAUUUCCAACUGCUGGAGAUCUUCAACUCGGACCUACUCGACGACUUCAACGACUUCAAAGACGAACAUGAUGGUUGGGUCGAGAAGUCCGGGCUUGACGGCGCCGCUCUAAACAGAAAAAUCCGGCUGUUGACACUCGCCUCUAUCGCCGCGGCGACCGGCCAGACGCGUUCCCUGCCGUACUCCCACAUCGCCAAGGCCCUCCAGAUCCCCGCCGCCGACGUGGAAAUGUGGGUCAUCGAUGUGAUCCGCGCCGGCCUCGUCGAAGGCAAGCUCUCCCAACUUAACCAAACCUUCCUCAUCCACCGUAGCACGUACCGUGUCUUCGGCGAAAACCAGUGGCGCGAAGUCGCGAGCCGGUUGGAUAUGUGGCGGAAUAGCUUGACGGGCGUACUGCAGGUUAUCCAGUCCGAGAAGGCCAGGUUCAUUCAGGAGAAGGAGGAUGAGGUUAGGCAGAUCGAUCAGAAGCUGGAGAAUGCGGCGAGGGGUGGACGGGGCGGGCAGGGCCAGAAGGGUGGUGGCAAGCCGAGACAGGCAAUGAUUGAUGAUGAAAUCGAUUAGUUGGCGGAGGGGUUUCUUUCUUGGAAGGGUUCGCACUGUUAAGGUGCAGUGCGUUCGAGAGAAUCUCUGGGAUAAUGAAAUGAUAUGAGGUAGCCGCUGCUUUUGCGCUGCCGAAAGAUAGAAAAUUCGAUCAAGA